AUGAAGUUCACUGCUCUCAUCGUUGCUGCCGUUCUUGCUACAUUGAGCGUCGCAGCCACAGACACGCCCGCCUUACGAGCCCUUGCCGAGGAUACCGCCGAGGAUACCGGUCCCGACGAGAUGGACAUGCAGCCCGAUACAGAGGCGAUGGAUGGAGAUGAUGACCAGCAAGAGCGGCACUGGGGAGGCGGCCGUGGUGGCAAGUGGGGUGGUGGUGGCAAGUGGGGUGGUGGAGGUAAAUGGGGUGGUGGAGGUAAAUGGGGCCGGGGAUGGUAA